UUGGAAUCUCCGAGUCAGGCCCCGUUGGGCUGGCUUGUACUCGUCUGAGCCUUGUCUCUGCUACCACAUGCUCUGCACUCAUGCAUUCACCUCAAUCCUGGGUCAGAUCCGAUUAAAUCCCGGCCAGCUCCUUCCAAUUUCGGUGUCAAUGAAAUGAGCACUUCGGAUCAGGCGGUGACUUGUAAGUAAUCAUAGCCUGGUGGUCGUCAGUCUUCCCGGACCUGCGCCGUUUGUCGUCUCUAAAUAACACACUUAAUCACGAUGCAAUUGCAGGGAUAUGCGAGUAUUCCGCAGGCCUACCGCUCCAGAAAUUGAUCUUUUAUGAAGCAGCCCCGCAGCUGGUGAUCACGCGCAUCCAAGAUAAACCGCCGCCAAGCUCGGAAAAUGAAAUUCACCUGUCAAGAAAUUGCUGGAGUAGCUGCUAGCAUACCGAGUGCGAAGCUUCCCGUCCGCCGUCCGGUACUGCCCACUCCCGUCUGAGCGCCACUUGAAAACUCAACCGAGGUCGCCCCGACGUGCGCUUUUCAUCUCUUGCUGUGACCAUAUCAACCGUCGAUUCUUGUCGCUGGCACUCAGAGCCCUGAAGAGGUGCUCACGAUUCUGCUUUGCGCCCCGAGGUCCGUGCCCGCCGGUCUACCCGUCUAUUUUGACGCGGUCACAUGACGGCGAUCUGAGACACCAACUUGGCGCGUCACACUCACACUGACGUCCCAAACCGGUUCACAAGGGAAAUCGAUGGAUACAGCAUCGCCGCAGGCUCGCAUUCAUCAUGAUUCCGGUCUCUUUGUCGUCUCCCAACUGCAGACAGGCUGUGACGGCUUCCUGAUCGGCAAGAAAACAUCGAAGUCCAGCGAGAAGAUCAAUAAGUGUCAUCGGUUCUGUUCCUGCCCGCGUUAACGACUCGGGAAAGAACAAUAUUUUCGAGCUUUCCUCUCAACCAUGACUCAAGCAGCGAGGCACCAGACGCUAUUGAAAGUCAUCUAUCCCGUCAAUAGUAUUUCCGCCGUUUUUUCUAACCAUAUAUGAACGAUGCAGGAUAGCAGCCGGCAUUUCUACUUUUCUCACAGCGCUGGGUGUCGGAUCUGUCCCACCGUAUCCUGGUAUGGAGAUCGAAUCUGCUGUGCUAAAUCUAUCGACUGUGCCUGUACGAGUAGCAUGGAGAAGACAAGGAUGUGCGUCAUAUAAAGUUGAGUCUCAACUCGCCCCAUGCCCUCCAAUCCAACCCAUCGACGAUGCCUCCAGCCUCCAAAAGCACCGACCGUCGCCGCGCCCACGGUGCCCACUGCGCGAAGCCAAGCCGCGCUUUCGUAGCAUGCAGUCACUGUCGGCGGCGGAAGAUCCGGUGCCUCACAAACGACGUGACGCAAGAGCCGUGCAGGCGCUGUGUGCAGAAGGGGCUGUUCUGCGAGUACCGUGCAGUCUCCGAGGACGAGAAGGACUCUCUCUCCGCGUCACCCACCGCCGGCAGCGCCGAUCUCUCCGAGUAUGGGGGAUCUGAUACCUCCGAGUGCAGUCCCUACCUGCCCCACCACACCUUGCUGCCGUCUCCAACCUGGCCGCCACCGUCACCCAACGCAUGGCCCGUUCCGAGCUACGUCUAUCCAGUGGAGCCGGGCUUCGUCUACAACCAUCUCCCAGAAGCUGGCCCAUUCGGACACGAUGCCUUCUCGUCGAAUGCGCUUUCUAUCACUGUGAAGCAGGAAGACGAGCAGCAGUUCUUGUCCCCCUACUCUUGGGGAUGGGGAGCGGGACUUCAGUAAUGUUAGGAUAAACGACCGUGUGUGUACGUUAGGAUCAGUCAAUCCGACUUCUCAGAUGAGAACAGUCAGUAUCUGCCGGUUCUGAUACUAGGACACGUCCGCGGCUUCUCAUGUUUCAUCCCCCAAAUGUUGCGGAUCUCGCGGACAAAAAACCAGCGAAAGCAGCGCGCAGUGCCCAUCAGGCUGACCACCAGCAAGCACCACAUGUCAGUACAGUUAUCUUCGCCGUGUGGCUCUCAAAGCUAGCCUUGUGUGCAUCAUUCGCAGUCCGGGUCAUCGAUCCAGGGUUCAGAACUGAUUCGCCUUGGGCUCUGAGUGUACCAAGCAUUCGCACGAAUCGGCGAUCUCUUUAUUGAAUCAGCUGCAGUCAGUCAAUCACUUGGAAUGAGCGAGGGCGUAUCCAGAUAAUUGCGUGUGUUUGUCCCACCGGCAUACAUCCAGCUACACAUCACCGAUGGAGCCCCAGAGCUGAUGGUGUUCCAGUGAUCGGGAAGACAACAGGGAUUGGCAUCACCAGCGGACGGUAGUUUAACGGUGUGCUCGCGAUCUCACACGCGAGACCGGACGAAAGAGACCGCCCUGAGACUGCAUGUCAUGCGGGGCACCCCGAACAGAGAGAGAGCGGGUAGAUCUCGUCUUGUAUAUCGGUCUGGAACCCCACAACAGCCCUCAUGAUGGACCAUCACCCACUCCAAUUGGCCGCUGCUGGACUGGAUUCCCGGGCCGGACGCGUGUGCAACCCAGCCCGGAUUGCUCGAGGGAAGAGCUUGUUGGAUCGUGACCGCAUGACCCGCCUCGGGCAGACAAGGGAUGUUGGAAGCGCUUGACGAGCAAAC